AUGCUAUGGCCAUGUCACGCACGUCUUGCCUUUGUGUUGGUGGCAUUGGCGUGUCUCGUCGCUGGGGCUGCCGCCUCAUGCACCGGUCAGUCGGACAGUUGUGCCUCCAACCCGAACCCCCUUUGGCGCUUCAGUCCCGUCAACUAUCACGUCGAUACGUGCAACUUUAAGUGGAGGCGAGGAUGCACCACCUUGGACAAAAACGACAACCUGCAGCAGAAACCACCGCCCUUCUCUCUAUGCGAUGCAUUGCACAGACCUGCAGGGCGGCUGCCUACCGACGCCUACACGCUGGCGUUGCAGCAGAAUGACUUCGCCCCGGCCUCACCUAACGUCACGCUGCACGGACUGUGGCCCAGCUCCCAAGGUGGGCGCGGAUCGAAGAAUCAGCCCUAUGGCUGUGAGCAUGGUGAAGAAUUUGACGAAUCGUACCUCACGACCUUUGGAACCCUGUUGAGUUACUUUUGGCCGACCGACUCGAAAUUCAACAACACCAUGGAGUGUUUCAUCCUGUCCGAGUGGAUGAAACACGGCACAUGCGCUGUCAUACCUGGUGCUGAUGGGAGUGCGUUUCGCCUGCCACAGGAGGCAUACUACCGCACAGCUUUCGUGCUGGCCAAUGAGUAUAACGCCAACCCGGCUCUGCAGGAACGGUUGCAGAAUAUGGAACCGCUCAUCAGUGCCAGCUGCGUGCAAUGUGGAUAUCUCGCCACAAUCGGCUGGACGGACAACACGGUGAAUAGCGUCCCGAGGAUGUCCGACGAUUGCAUUGAUCAAUGCUUUGCAUGCGGUGACUCCUGGACCACCUGCCCUCCCGCCAAUCUCGACAGCACAGUCUUGCUUGGCCCCACCAACGCACCCACGCCACCCCAGAAUGUUCCUCCUGUGGGGUUUGGGAUGCCAGCCCUGUCAGGUGACAUAAUCUCCCCAUGGCAAGGCAUAUGGCGUUCGUUUGGAGCUGAGCAGCACGGGUCUGGCAAGUUCGAAUUCGCUCAGACUUUCACGGAGGACACUCUGACAGUCACCACCGACAGCCCUUACCCAGAAACGUGCGCUUAUGAGCGUCGAUCCCACCGAGAAAUUGUCUUGCAGAAAUGUGGUGCGAAUCGUCACUUGGAAGACUGCCUGGUGCAGCGACUGCCAGACAUCGGUGGCCUCGAGGUGGCCUUCUUGGCGUGUAAUCACACCGGUGCCCCGGCACCUGUCGACUUCUACGCUGCAAUGGACACUCCCAACUGUGGCAACUUCCUCAUGUUUCGCUGCAAGCCAUCCUCGGCCGCGGGUGUGCCUUCUCGCCCGUCAUCACCCCUGCCGCCGCUCCACUGCAGCACUGGCCAGCGGCCAGCAAGGCGUAUGAGCCCUGCCCUCUGA